CUCCAGAAUCUGCUGAUCCUGACUGCCAUCAAGGCGGACCGCACACGGGUCAUGGAAUACAUCAGCCGCCUGGACAACUACGAUGCCCCAGACAUUGCAAACAUCGCCGUCAGCAGUGCGCUGUAUGAGGAGGCCUUCACCAUCUUCCGCAAGUUUGAUGUGAACGCCUCAGCAAUCCAGGUCCUGAUUGAGCACAUUGGAAACCUAGACCGAGCAUACGAGUUUGCGGAGAGAUGCAAUGAGCCUGCUGUGUGGAGUCAGCUGGCCUGCGCCCAGCUCCAGAAAGACUUGGUGAAAGAAGCCAUUGACUCCUACAUUAGAGCUGAUGACCCUUCCUCUUACCUGGAGGUCGUUCAGGCAGCCAGCAGGAGCAACAAUUGGGAGGAUCUGGUUAAAUUUCUACAGAUGGCCAGGAAAAAGGGCCAUGAAUCCUAUAUAGAUACUGAACUUAUUUUUGCCCUGGCUAAAACCAGCCGUCUGUCUGAGCUAGAAGAUUGUAUUAAUGGACCCAACAAUGCCCACAUCCAGCAGGUUGGAGACCGCUGUUACGAGGAGGGAAUGUAUGAGGCUGCCAAGCUGCUGUACAGCAGUGUUUCUAACUUUGCCCGCCUGGCUUCCACCCUGGUCCACCUCGGGGAAUACCAGGCAGCGGUGGACAGCAGCCGCAAGGCCAACAGCACCCGGACGUGGAAGGAGGUGUGCUUUGCAUGCGUGGAUGGGCAGGAGUUCCGCCUUGCACAGCUGUGUGGUCUUCACAUUGUCAUUCACGCAGAUGAGCUGGAGGAGCUGAUACGCUAUUACCAGGAUCGGGGCUACUUUGAGGAACUGAUCUCUCUGCUGGAGGGAGCCCUGGGCCUGGAGCGGGCCCACAUGGGCAUGUUCACAGAGCUGGCCAUCCUCUACUCCAAAUUCAAGCCUCAGAAGAUGCCAGAGCACCUGGAGCUCUUCUGGUCCCGAGUCAACAUCCCAAAGGUGCUGAGAGCUGCAGAGCAGGCGCACCUCUGGGCAGAGCUGGUGUUCCUCUAUGACAAGUAUGAAGAGUACGACAAUGCCGUCCUUACCAUGAUCAAUCACCCUACUGACGCCUGGAGGGAAGGGCAGUUCAAGGAUGUCAUUACCAAGGUUGCCAAUGUGGAGCUCUACUAUAAAGCCCUGCAGUUCUAUUUGGAUUACAAACCUCUGCUCAUCAACGACCUGUUGCUUGUGCUGGCGCCCCGGCUAGACCACACCCGGACUGUUGGCUUCUUUGCAAAGGCAGGCCAGUUGCCCCUAGUGAAGCCUUACCUGCGGUCAGUCCAGAGCCACAACAACAAGAGUGUGAAUGAGGCCCUCAACCACCUACUGACGGAAGAGGAGGAUUACCAGGGUUUGAGGGCAUCCAUCGAUGCCUACAACAACUUUGACAACAUCGCCCUGGCACAGCGGUUAGAGAAGCACCAGCUGAUUGAGUUCAGGCGUAUUGCGGCUUAUCUGUACAAGGGCAACAAGCGGUGGGCCCAGAGCGUGGAGCUCUGCAAGAAGGACCAUCUCUACAAGGACGCCAUGCAGCAUGCUGCAGAGUCCAGGGAUGCUGAGCUGGCUGAGAAGUUGCUGCAGUGGUUCCUGGAGGAAGGCAAGCAGGAGUGCUUCGCGGCCUCUCUCUUCACCUGCUACGACCUGCUUCCCCCGGAUGUAGUGCUGGAGCUGGCCUGGAGACACAACCUCGUGGACCUGGCCAUGCCCUACUUCAUCCAGGUGAUGAGGGAGUACCUUAGCAAAGUAGACAGACUGGACGCUUCGGAGAGCCUGCGCAAGCGAGAGGAGCAUGUGGUGGAGCCCGCCCCUCUCCUAUUUGGCCAGCAGCUGAUGCUGACAGCAGGCCCUGCUGCAGGCCCUGCCCCUGCCGGCUUCCCCUAUGGAUAUGCUGCUGCACCUGCCUUCGCCCAGCCUCCUGUGUAUGGCUUCAGCGUGUAGCGGGCGCUCAGUGGCAACACGCCUCUAUGGGGUUAACCUCAAGGAGUGUGUCAUCCCACAAGCACAGAGGACCCUGAUGGGAGGCGGGGACACCUGGACAUUGUUUAUGUUUGCUGAGGCCCAGUGGUGGCAGCCUCUAAGCCAUCUCCAAGCCUGGGGAGGCCAGGGUAGCCACUGACUGCCCAAGAAGACCAGCUCUGGUGGACUCUUGCCUCCAGGCCCUCUGGCUGGAGCCAGGCAUUCCUGGGGAGUUCUCCGCAGGAAUUCCCUGCCCUUGGUGGGAGGGGCACCAAGUUUUCGCUCAGCACUGAUGGAGCUGCCACCUCCAGGCCACUUUGCCAGACACAACUGAACGGACUUUCUAACCUGGCCCUGAGCCUCCUACCGAUCAUGAAUAUUAAAGUCGGUUUAUCAAGGCAAA